UGAUGGGUCACCAAAUGUAAGAAGUAACCCCAAAUGAGUAGUUGUCAAUAAAAUUCGCAGUAACGUUUGCGGCGGAAUGGGCUCUAUGAUAUCAAUUGACAAGGACAAAAUGCACUUCAACAAAAAGGACUGUCGUGAUCUCAAUUUAACAGGUCGACACGAAUGCUUAAUUUCAGAGGCUGGAGAAGCGGAUUUAUUUAAUCAACUUAUAGGAUGCAAGAAAAAUCCAAAUCAUACACAGUUUGUAUCUAUUGAGACUCUUACAGUAGAAGAUCUACCUGAAGGAUAUCGAGACGCUGAGUUCUAUGAGCUGAUCAGAGGCGUCGCCGAUUUGACGGUAAAGGUGGACGUCAAAAUGACGAGUUGUCACAGACCCAACAUUUGGCCCGGCAAAGACGUACCGUAUCCUUUCUGUGAUUAUAAAGGGAAAACUUACUUAAGAUGUGGUAGUGGACUAUUGAUGGUGUACAUGUUUAGAGAUGGCAUUGGACUAACCGAAGAUGGAGUAACAUAUGAAGACCUUGGACUCAACUGUAACAGAUGUUACAAAACUUGUCCAUGUGAAAAAUGCCUACUGUCAGAUGAUCCUAGCACUGUCUGGUGGGAAUUUAUUGUGGGUACAGCCGCACAUGUGGUUUUUGAUGACUGCGAAGCAAGCUCCACAAAAUGUACGGGGCGAGGGAGCUAA